CACAUUGCGCAGGCGUACACCACGUACACCGAUGCAUCCAUAGCAUCGAGCUCUCUUGGCUGGAUUGAGGCUGGGUUGCUAACGGUCUGUCAGGUAUCACACAUUGGGCUUGAAGGGGGAAGAGCAGCGGUGGAGAAGAAGGGCGACCCAAGCGCCGCUACGAAAUGGCCGGGCAACAGUUCCAGUACGAUGACAGCGGCAAUACCUUUUUCUAUUUCCUAACGUCCUUCGUCGGACUUAUUGUGAUCCCGGCCACAUAUUACCUCUGGCCCCGGGAUCAAAAUGCUGAACAACUGCGCCUAAAGAGCCUGCGGAGGGUGCACGGCAGGUGUCUGUGGUAUCGGCUCAGGCUGAUGAAGUCGCAGCAGAGCAUCGUGCCAACACUAAAGAAAGCAGCCUUGUUAUUUGGGUGGCUUGUGUUUGUGCUGUUGGCCUACAAGGUGUCUAAGCUGGACAGAGAGUACCAGGAGUAUAAUCCAUAUGAAGUCCUCAGCUUGGACCCGGGUGCAUCGCUGUCAGAAAUCAAGAAGCAGUACCGUGUACUGUCACUCAAGUAUCACCCCGACAAAGGUGGCGAUGAGGCCACAUUCAUGAGAAUUGCUAAGGCCUAUGCUGCUCUAACCAAUGAACAGUCAAGGCAGAAUUGGGAAAUGUAUGGAAACCCUGACGGUCCAGGAGCAACCAGCUUUGGCAUUGCCCUGCCUGCCUGGAUUGUUGACCAGAAGAACUCAAUGCUGGUGCUGUUGGUGUAUGGGCUUGCCUUUAUGGUUAUCCUUCCUGUUGUUGUGGGGACAUGGUGGUACCGCUCAAUCCGAUACAGUGGAGAUCAGAUCCUCAUCAACACUACCCAGCUCUUUAUGCAUUUCAUGUGCAAGACACCGAAUAUGAACAUGAAACGGUUAGUCAUGGUGUUGACGGCAGCACUUGAAUUUGAUCCUCGCAACAAUAAGGAAGCAACUAUACGACCCACAGACAACGUCGAAGUGCCGCAGUUGAUCCGUGAAUUAGGAAAUAUCAACGUGAAGAAGAAGGAGCCUCCGUUUUACUAUCCCUACAGUCUGAAGGCCAGGGUGUUGGUGUUAGCUCACUUGGCCCGCAUGGACGUGUCUGAGGAAUUAGAGGAAGAUCAGAGGUUUGUGGUGAAAAAGACUCCAGCGCUUCUACAGGAGAUGAUCAACGUGGGCUGUCAGCUUAUUUUUAUGGCCAACAGCAGAGGUUUCAGUGCUCCUCGCUUGGUGACCAUAGAGAACUGUAUGAAACUGACCCAGAUGAUAGUGCAGGGCCUGAAGGAGUCAAAGUCGCCGCUGCUGCAGCUGCCUCACUUUGAAGAGGAGCACCUCCGAUACUGCAUUUCUAAAAAGUAUAAGGUGCGAACCCUCCAGGACUUGGUGAGCCUGAAGGACUCCGACAGACGAAACAUGCUGCGUUUCCUUGGAGAGGAGAAGUACGACGAGGUCAUGGCUGUGCUGGGCAGCUUCCCUCACAUCACCAUGGAUAUCAAACUGCAGGUCCUUGAUGAUGAAGACAGUAGUAACAUCACGGCAGGCUCAAUCGUCACAGUAACCGUCACCUUAAACAGGAAACGGAUGGUGGACGUGUUUGAACAAGAACAAGAGCCAGUGCCGUGUCAAGGAGAUGAGGCUGCCACUACAGAGGAAGCACAAGGAGACACAAGUAAAGCCAAAACCAAAGUGUGGCAGAACAAGAAUAAAGGGGCUAAAAAGACAGCCAAGUCCAAGAAGAAAAAGUUAACCAAGAAGAAAGCCACUCCUGCUCCUGCCAAAAACAAGCAGGCCAAUGGCAGCGUGGCAGGAAAUGAAGUCACAACAACGACGACAACGACAGUAGCAACUGUGGCGACAAAGGAGGAAGAUGAUGAUGGGUCAGACAAAGGCAGCGAGUCAGAUGAGGGCGAAGCCAACAAGGACUCCCCGAGCGAAAGAGACGAAGACAGCGACAAACAGAGCGACACAGAAGUCGACGAGAUGGCUGGCGACGACGAGGAGGAGUGGGAGGCGUUGCAACAAAGCAUCCAGCGGCGAGAGCGGGCCCUGCUAGAAACCAAGUCAAAGGUGACACACCCGGUCUACAGUCUCUACUUCCCAGAGGAGAAGCAGGAGUGGUGGUGGCUCUACAUUGCUGACCGCCGAGAGCAUACCCUCGUCUCCAUGCCCUGUCACGUGUGCACGCUAAAAGACACAGAAGAGGUGGAGCUGAAGUUUUCAGCCCCCUCCAAAACGGGCAACUACCAAUAUUCUGUUAUCCUUCGUUCUGAUUCCUACCUGGGACUGGACCAGAUCAAACCACUCAAGUUGGAGGUCCACGAGGCCAAGGCCAUGCUGGACAACCACCCGCAGUGGGACAUCCCCGACACAGAGGAGGAGGACGAGGAGCAAGAGGACAGCGACGGCAUCGAGGAGAGUGAAGAUGACGACGAGGACAACGACUGAGCGCGUGCGCACACGCUCAGCCCUCCCCCUCCCUCCUCCCUUUACCCUCCCAUGGACUUGGCCACACAUUCACUGCUGACCCCGCUCAAGCCAGAAAGCAGUCAGUGAGGAGCAGCGAAGCCACAAACACUCACAGAGUCACCGGGGACAGUUUAUACACACAGAGCCCUCCUUCAUUUAACCUUUGCAAAGUCAUGGACUGUGACCUGAACCCCGACACCCCGAAAUUCUCUUUUCUACAGAGACUUGUUUAUUCACUUUCCGCUGCUGGUGGAAGAGAAUUCUGUGAAUACUAACAGGCCUGUUGUGUGUGAGCGGGUGUGCGUGCGAGUGCGUGAAUGGUAUGUAACCUUGUGUGUCUUUGUACAGGUAUGACAAAUGGACACAAGGUGGACUGGAGGACCUAUUGUUAGAAUUCUAAUUAUUAUUAUUAUUAUAUUGGCUCUUUUCUUCUUUUCUUGACAGGGAGUGGGGAUGUAUAACCGCCAAUUCCAUCUGCAAAAUUAAAAAUGCUGAUCUCCGUAUGGAAAUCAUUCUCAACACA